CCCUUCCUGCUCAUCUGGAAUGUCUACCUAGCUACAUGUUAGCCAAGAAGAAGCCCUGAUUCGUCUCUGCUGCCUGCUGAAUGACACCCAUCCACCUUUACAUGGCAAACUGGAUCUAAGGACCAAGGCAGAGACAGAGGCUGGAUAUUUGUUCCAACUUUCAGCAAGGAAGCGAGAAGUUCUCUGGGAUAAAGAGGGAGACUGAAUUUGGAUGAGGCCGUUCUGGGCCUGAGACAAGAUGGCCACCAGGGAAGGGACACAGUCCAGCUUUGGCCUGCAGUUCCACGCAGCGCUUGAGCAAGGAGUCCCCCAGCAGAUCAAAAUGGAGGACGAGGAUACCUCAGAUUCCACCUCGGGGGAAGGGUUGGAAGAAACCCCUCACAUCAUCCAGGCCGGAAGCAUCCGCGAAUUCCUGCAGAGGCCUACCGGAGACCAGGAAACUGGCAACGGGCUGCUUCAGUGUUGGGAAACCCAGUGGCAGGACUUUCUGAAGAUCCUGGAAUACCCUCGCUUGGAGAGGGAGACGCCACAGGUCCUCGAGGGACCCACCCCGUGGGACAACACCAAGUCUUUCCUGGCCUCCUUUGAGCUAGUGGCAGAAGCGUGCCGGUGGCCCCGAGAGGACUGGAUGGCCCAUCUUCUGCCAGCCCUCAGCGGGGAAGCCGAGCAUAUCUUCAGCAACCUGGACACCAGAGACAGGAUUGACUAUGACAAGGUUAAGGCAGCCAUCUUGCGUGGGGAUGCCAUCAUCAGGGAGAGGCAGCGCCAGAACUUCCGCUGCUUCUGCUACCAGGAAGCCGAGGGGCCAAGAGGCGUUUACGGGCAGCUCCAGCAGCUGUGCGGUCAGUGGCUGAAGGUGGAGAGGCACUCGAAGGAGCAGAUCCUGGAGCUGCUGAUCCUGGAGCAGUUCCUGAGCAUCCUGCCGCCGGAGAUGCAGAGCUGGGUCGGGGAACAUGGGCCGGAGACCUGCUCCCAGGCGGUGGCCCUGGCCGAGGACUUCCUGCAGAGGGCGUAUGCUGGAGAGAGUUGGGAAGAGCAGGAGUUGGGACCAAUUGAGGAGGUCGCUCUGGAUUUCUCUGAGGAAGACGAGACCCCACUGAAUGGUUACACAGAGGCCAAUAGGGAGGAUGAUGACAGCGACGCCACCUCACUAGGUGAAGAUUGGGCGAGUGCCAAUGAGAUGGAGACACCCCGGUCGGAAGGAUUUUAUCAAGCAUACCCAAAUGGGACUCCAAAGGGAAGGAUAGCAGAAAGCAAGGCUUCCUGUUUUCGUGAACAGGAAGAGCACUGCCCUGAGAGGAAAGAGGAAAAUGGCCCACCAGAGCGAGCAGAAACGUGUGUGAUUUGGGAGGGCGAUGAACCCCUUGAGGGAAGCAGGGAAGCACAGGGGAUCCACAUGCCAAAGAAGAAGGGCAUGUUCAAGGCUGAAGGAUGGAGCUUCAGGCAGAGGACAGACCCUAUUAAAUGUGAGAGAACCGACACAGUGGAGCAGCCCUACAAAUGUUCUGAUGGUGGGAAAAACUUCAAGGUGAUCUCUCACUGCAUUUCUCGUAAAAGAAGACAUGGGGAAAGGAAGCAACACAGGUGCCCUGACUGUGGGAAAUCCUUCAUUGCCAAAGCACACCUUAUCAAUCAUCAGAGAACCCACACUGGAGAGAAGCCGUUCAAAUGCCUGGCCUGUGGGAAGACUUUUGCCCAGAGUUCCAACCUCAGUGUCCAUCAGAGAAUCCACACAGGAGUGAAGCCGUUCCAGUGCUCUGACUGUGGGAAAAACUUCUCUUCCAGCACCAACCUCACCAAACACCAGAGCACCCACGUGAAGGGGGCCCCAUAUAAAUGUUUAGUGUGUCGGAAGAGCUUCAAGGUGCACUCUCACUUUAUCACCCACAAAAGAAUCCAUGCGAGAAGGAAAUUGCACACCUGCUCAUACUGUGAGAAGAGCUUCCUUGCUGCAUCACAGCUCAUAAUUCAUCAGCGAAUUCAUACUGGAGAGAGACCCUAUAAAUGUGUGGAAUGUGGGAAAUCCUUUAGUCAGAAGGCUCACCUUAAGGUCCACCAACGAACGCACAAAAGAGGAAAAUCAUUCCAGUGUUCUGAGUGUGGAGAAAGCUUCAAUUCCAGGAUCAGCCUUAUCCAACAUCAAAUAAUCCACCCUGGAGUGAGCCCCUAUAAAUGCUCUGAAUGUGGGAAAACCUUCAGGGUGAAUUCCCACCUUAUUGCUCACAAGAGGAACCACGUAGCCAAGAAACCCCAUAAGUGUGCAUACUGUGGGAAAUCCUUCUUUGCCAAAUCACACCUUAUCAAUCAUCAGAGAAUCCACACAGGAGAGAGGCCGUUCAAAUGCUUGGCCUGCGGGAAAGGUUUUAGCCAGAGUUCGCACCUUAAUGCUCAUAAACGAACCCACAUUGGCGUGAAGGGAUUCCAGUGCUCUGACUGUGGGAAAAGUUUCAGUUCGAGCACAAACCUUAUUAGGCAUCAGAGCAUCCACACAAGUGGAAACCUCUAUAUAUGCUCUGACUGUGGGAAAAGCUUCAAAGUCCAUUCCCACCUUAUUGCUCACCAGAGAAUUCACACAGCCAAGAAACCCCACAAGUGUUCGUACUGUGGGAAGUCCUUCUUUGCCAAAUCAUCCCUCUUGAUUCACCAGAGAAUCCACACAGGAGAGAGGCCAUACAAAUGUUUGGCCUGUGGGAAAAGCUUCACGCAGAGCUCCCACCUUACCGUUCAUCAAAGGACUCACAAAGGAAAAAAGUCAUUCCGUUGCUCAGACUCUGGGAAAAGCUUCAGGGUCAGCUCUCACCUUAUUGCACACAAGAGGGUUCAUGAGGCAAAGAAAGCCCAUAAAUGUUCCUACUGCGGCAAAUCCUUCAUUUUCAAGUCCUACCUUAUCAUACAUGAGAGAAUGCACACGGGAGAGAGACCCUACAAAUGUUUGGUUUGUGGCAAAGGCUUCAGUCAGAAGUCACACCUUACUGUUCAUCAGAGAACUCAUGUGGGGAAGAAACCAUUCCAACGCUCUGAAUCUGGGAAAGGCUUUAGGGUGAGCUCUCGGCUUAUCACCCAUAGGAGAAUCCACACAACAAAAAAGCUGCACAACAACAACCACAACAACAACAACAACAACAACAGUAAUAGUACUAAAUGUUUGGAUUGUGGGAAAUCUUUCAUAUCCAAAUCGUAUCUGAUCAUCCAUCAGAGAAUACACACAGGAGAGAGGCCCUACAAGUGCACCGUCUGUGGGAAAUGUUUCAGCCAGAGCUCUCAUCUGACAGUCCACCAGAGAACCCACAAGGGAGAAAAGUUGUUCCCGUGUUCAGACUGUGAGGAAAAAUUCAGUUCAAGGAUGAAGCUUCUUAAGCAUCAGAGAAUCCACAUGAAGGGGAAUCCGUUUAAAUGCUUGGACUGUGGGAAAUCUUUUGUCACCAAAUCACAGCUUGUGGUACACCAGAGAAGCCACACUGGGGAGAGGCCAUAUAAAUGUUUGGACUGUGGGAAAGGGUUCAGCCAGAGCUCAAACCUCAUUAGGCACCAGAGGAUUCAUUCGGGGGAGAACCCCCAUAAAUGCUCAGACUGUGGGAAAAGCUUCUGUUCAAGUGAGAACCUUAUUAAGCAUAAGAGAAUCCACACUGCUGGAAAGGACAAAAUGGCUGCCGAGCGGGCAGCGGUGACCAACCUCCAGAUCGUGGAAGACCAAGUGCUGCAUAUAAAAAUGGAAGAGGAGGAUGAGGAAGAGGAAGACGGACCUGUGAAAGGGCCUUGCGUCAUCCGGGCCGGGAGCCUGAGGGACAUUUUGGGAUGGCCAGGGCCAGAGCAGGUCAAGCAGGAGCUGGACGAAGAGGUGCCUCAGUGCUGGGAAGCCCACAGCCAGGAGCACCUGAGACUCAUCCAGUCGCCUCAUUCAGGAUGGCGGCCCCCUCAGCAGCCGGAGUUGCUCAACCUGAGGCAACGAGGAGCAAGGAGGCGGGAGCAGCAGGUGCCGGUCCUUUUUGACGAGAUGGACGUCCAUUCCCCAGAGGCCGACCACACCUUGCUGGACAGACGGCGGUAUCUCCGCAGGGAGGUCAAGCAGAGGCUGGAGAGGGAAGCCAGCUCACUUGUUGGCUCUGCCGUGCCAAUGCGCCGUUUCCCGAAGAUGAGCCGUCGCGGCACCAACUGGUCGUACGCCGAGGUGAUUGAUCUCCUGGAUAUCUGGGGGGAGCAGAGGAUCCAGCAGGUCCUUCAGAGCAGCCACCGGAACAUGGACACCUUCCAGGUCAUUGCCAACGAGAUGGCCAAGAGGGGCCACGAGCGGACAGCCCAGGAGUGCCGCACCAAGACCAAGACGAUGCGCCGGGACUACAAGAAGGUCAAAGAGAACAACUGCUCCGGGACAGGGCGACUCACCUGCCCCUUUUACGACCAGCUGGAGCAGAUUCUGGAAUCUGGAGCGCCCCAACCCUUGGGGCAGACCCAGAGUUAUGGACACCAGGAGGAGUCGGGGGGAGAUGAUGGUCCCCCGUGCGGCCUGGAGGAGGGCGUCCCCCACGAGUCCGAGGACUACCUUGAGCCCCAGGACUUCUUCGACCCCUCUGCCCAGUUCUCCAUCGAACUCGUCGAUUCGGUGGACUCCACCACCGUGGUGUGCAAAACAGAGGACAACUUUGAGGAGCCGAUAAGCACCCCUCGGCCAGCCACAGAAGCCGAUCAUUUGCUCAACCCCUUGCAAACUGCCCCGCCCAGUCUACCUGGCAGCCCAGCCACCACUGGCUCCACAGCAGACGUGCACCUGACCCCUUGCCACAGCCCGUUGCCUGGGCCACCGGGCCUCUCAGCCGCCGAACGCCUUGCCAACAUCCGGAACCGGCACAAGACCAGGAACGAUUUGGCCACGGAGCUGGCGAUGGCAGCGGACCUGCGGAUGCAGGCGGCUACCGACAGGAUCCUUUCCGCCCUCGACGGCUACGCCAAAGCGGACUUGGAGGACCGCGAGAAGGACAGGGUGGGCACUGAGCAGAUCAUUGCCAUCAUGCAACGGCAGACAGAACUUCUGGAGCUGCUCAUACGGCGGCAGCAGUCCUCCACUCCGGCGGCCGUGUCCACGGCCCCCUCACGGCAAGCAUGGCCGCCACGGACGGGCCAAUCCAGCCACCGGCCUGCAGGCCCUUCUUCCUCCCGCCUGGGCGUUCCCAGGCGGCCGUUGACACCCAGGGCCCGUACCAGGAGAAGGCCUCAGAACUACAGCCCUUGACUCUCGCCUUUUGCAAUCCCCUACAAGAGCUUGCGGUUGUCUGCUUGCCGUGUUUCAUUCUUUAAUUCGGUUAAUAACCUUUUGGGAGUUGUUUUCUCUUCCACCCCCUCCAUGCUUUCCCAUUAGGGUUAAAAAGAGAGCGUUGUCAACAAACCGAAGGCUUCGUCGCAACAGCCGUUUGUUCUGUCAUUGCCGAAAGCUAACAAAAACCCUAUUUUAAAAAAAUAAAGUAUUUUCUUUCUUUUUUAAUAAACGGCGAGCCCUGGCAUCAAGUUAAAAAAGAAAGAAAGCAAAAAGUGAACCAGCUGGCUGCUGUUUCUGGGGGGGAAAUCCUUGGGGGUUU